GGCACAGUCAAUGUCUGAUGGUCCAGUUUCAAAUCAGACAGUCGGAAGCGUGCGCUUGAGAUACAACAAGUUCACUUCUUCGUAAUCAGUCACUGAAAUAUAUUGUAAUAACUCGAGAUACGAUAUGACAGACUCACGUCAAAAUAAAACAUCCUCACCGCCUUUGCCACCGCCAUCGAUAACUAUCACAUCGGAGAAGAACGAUGAAGAGGCGGCUCGUGAGCCGCUGCAGCCCAAAUUUACUCUCGGCAAGAGUUCGACCAGUGACCUCGGUGCUCGGACGGGAAAAUUUAUUCGCGGCCUUCUGCCAAUCUCUACGUGGAUCUGUCACUAUGACGCCGAAUGUGCCAUUAACGAUUUUAUUGCCGGAAUAACUCUGGGGCUGACUAUCAUCCCCGAGAGCAUUGCAUGUGCCCUGCUGGCUGGUCUUCCAGCGCAUUACGGACUUUGUUCUGCGUUUUUAGGUUCGUUUGUUUACCUGUUCUUCGGUUCGAUUGACAAGGUCAUCGUGGGACCAACGAGCUUAGUGGCCCUUGUUAGCGUGCAAUUCACAAUGGGCAAGCCAGUUGAGUUCGCUGUGGUGUUGACGUUCCUGGCAGGUAUCGUGCAGCUGUUUAUGGGAAGCCUGCAAUUGGGAUUUCUGUUCGAAUUCAUCUCAAUGCCCGUGAUCAAGGCCUUCUCAACAGCAACCGCUAUUCUCGUAAUCGAAUCUCAGCUCAAAGUAAUGCUGGGAAUCAAAUAUCUUGCAGCUGGAUUUGUUGAAUCUAUAAAAACCCUAAGCUUUCGCUUAGACGAAUCUAACUUAGGUGACUUCUUGAUGGGUCUGUCAGCAAUUGUAUUUCUAAUCUUCUUGGAGUUCAUCGGGAAAUUAGCCGAACGUCCAAAUCAACCCAAAGCCAAAAGGCUCAUCUACCAAUACUUGUCAUUUUCAAGAAAUACCUUGAUUGUGUUCAUAACAGCAAUGGUUACUGUUGUGUGGUUGAAUAAUUUACCUGAAACAAGCAUUACAAAAACGGUACCCUAUGCCCUGAGCAAGACUGCAAUGUCAGGUUUGCCCAAUUUUACUUUUCCAGCUAUGAAAAUUGUUACACCAGAGAAGACAUUUUAUUUUAUGGACAUUCUGGCUGAAUUGAAUUUGGGUAUAAUAGUCAUACCGAUUGUUGGAGUUCUAACAAAUAUUUCAAUUGGAAAACUGACUCCCAAAUGUAGAGCAAGUGCCAACCAAGAGCUUUUUACACUCGGACUGUGUAAUGUGAUAGGAUCAAGUGUUCAAUCUAUGCCAACAUCGGGAGCCUUUACACGCUAUGCUAUUAGCUCUGCUUGUGGUUUGAAGACGCCGAUGGCUAAUUUAUACUCAGGAAUAAUUGUCCUUCUGGCACUUGGUUUUCUGAGUCCCUAUCUGAAUUACAUUCCUGAAGCCACCCUAGCAGCCAUUUUGAUGUGCGCCAUUGUUAAUCUUAUAGAUUUCAAUCUACCCUGGAGACUGUGGCGCGAAAGCCGAAGAGACUUCUACAUCUGGUGCAUUUGCUUCUUAGCUUGUGUUAUGUUCGGAGUGGAAGUUGGACUGCUGGUGGGAAUUAUCAUAACAGUUUCAUACCUUCUCUAUCUUUGGGCUCGCCCAGAUGUCACUGUUAAAAUUGACUCGAUUGAUGAAAUGCAAUACAUUUCUGUUACACCCGGCAACGGAAUCUACUUCCCAGCGAUCAACUAUAUCCGUGGAAAGAUCCUCAAGGCCUGCAUUCAAGCUGACUUCAAGAUUCCAGUCGUUAUAAACUGUAAAAUGAUCACUGGUCUUGAUUACACCGCAGCUCAAGGCAUAUCCCGUCUAUCGACUGAUCUCUGCCAAGAAGGCAGUGGGUCACUUCUAAUUCUCUACCACAUGAAUCUCAACCAACAGAAACUCAUCGAUCUCACCGAAAAUCUAGUCUUCUGCGAGAGCAAAGAGAAAAUAAGAGAAUUCCUAACGCAGGAAUCCUUACGAAAUGGCUUCAUUAAUCUUAAAGCACAUAUCCGGGCGUCCAUUGACUUAGGCUAUAAGGUUGACAUAGAAUAGAAAAAAAAAUUAGAUAAAAUAGAAAAAUCGAAAAUUGAAUUGGAAAUUUAA